AUGUUUUCUGCUCACCGGGACGACCGUCAGGUCGAAGCGCCGCCCUCGCCUCCAGCGGUCGACAGGCUGUCCAAGCUGCCGAUGGAGCUCUUGCAGAAGAUCUUUGACGACGCCUACGCCACCGACAAGCCGACUGAGCCUCUCUCGCGCACCCUUCUUCCCCUCUUCGACCGCUGCGUCUGGCGCGACGUCAAGGUCGUCGGUGACAAGCGCCUUGUCGCCUUCUGCGCCACUUUCCAGACUCGCCCGUCGGUCGGGAGGCACUGCCGCACCCUGAAGGUUGAGCACCUCAGGUCUCCGGCCGUCGUCUCGCAAGCCUCUCUCGAGACCGUCUUCGCGAAUGUCCCGAUCCUCGUCACACUCGUCAUCCACGGUGACUGGGACACUCUUCUCGAAGUUCUGAUGCCUUCCGGGCGCCAGGCUGCAUUGCCGUUCAGCGCAACGAUCCGACAUUAUUCUUGCAUCUGCAAGACGCAACGCACCGACCCGUACAACCCGGCCUACCUCGCGUGCAUCACCAGCAUGACGGGCUUGACUGCUCUUCAGCUCGUUCUCGAGCACACAGAACAGGGCAGCGCCGUCUCCCCUCCUUUGCCUUCGAACGGAUCGGUCAAGGUCGCACCGCUCAACGUUCUUUCCAUCUCAGUCUUGCGCGAAUCAGACCUCGACACUCCGGACCGCCUUGAGCACUUGGUCUUGCACGCAUUCGCCGUCGCGCGUCGUGCUCUACCCGCCGAACUCAAGCAGCUCACCCACCUCAAGCAAUUCACGUUUCACGGCGACUUCUCCCAACUCGGCCGCGACUCUUUCGACAUCUUGCGUGCCUUGCCGCUGGAGCGCAUCGAGCUCGGCAGAAAGAGCGACAUCUCUUCCGUCGAGCUCAUUGCUCUUCUCACGGGCGAGACGAGGCUCCCGAGUCUUAAGAGGCUUCACCUCGACAACCUGGAGGGCGUAAUUGGCGGCUCGAUCGCUACGGAAAGCGAUAUCGACGAGGACGGCGCGGAUCGCGGUUGGAUAAUGCCUCGCUGGACACGCUCAUUCCGCAAAAUGGAUCGUCACGGCCUCAUCAACGCGGGCGUCAAGAUCACCGGCUCCUUCCUUCGCGCUUCCGACACGGAAGACGCAUGGAACGACGCGCUCGACACUUUCGCAGACAACGAGAACGAGCUCUUCUGGCUCGCUAUGGAGGCCAAUGAUGGCGACGAGGUCGCAGCCUGGGAGGCCGUCUACAGCGGGCGGAUGUUUUGA